GGGCCGGGCAGGGGGAGCGGGGGGGAUGAAGGCCUGGCCCGGGGGGCGCAGGCAGAACAAAGGGCCUGUGUGCCCAGUGUCUGUGGCGGGGGGGUGUGCCUGGAGCGAGGUGAGAUUUACCUCGGAUGCACGCGUGCGUGUGUGUGUCUUGGAGGACCAGGGCGGAGGGGGGGUAGCGAUUACCCCCAGGUAACUGUGUGUUUGCGUAAGAAAGUGACCUCAGAUGCAUGUGUGUUUGCAUGUCUGGUUGGUGUGUGUGUUUGGAGUGCGUGUAAGAAAUUUACCUUGGAUGCACGUGUGUCGGGGGGGGGCAUUUACCCCUAGGUAAUUUGUGUGUGUGUAAGAAGUUUACCUGGGGGGGGGGGGGGGGUAACUCAAGUAGGCGGGGGUGUUUUGGUGAGGCAUAAUGCUUAGGUAACCUGUCCACUGCCAUUUAGGGAGGACCCAAGUUAUAGAUGGAGAGGGAGAGACUGAGAGAGAGUGAGAGAGAAAUGGAGAGACAGGGGGGAGAGAGCGGGACAUUGAGGGAGAAAAGGAGAUAUGGAGGGAGAGAGAGAGGUAGUGAGAGAUUUUAUAUAAAAUACACACACACACACACACAGCUUGAGAGAGAGACAGAGGGAUUGAGGGAGAGUGAUCAAGAAGUUGAGAGAUUUUGGAAGAGAUUUGGAGAGAGAAAGUUUGGGGUAGAAAUUAGACAUCGGGGGGGCAACAUUGAAAGAAAGAAAGAGAGAAACUGGGAAUGACAGAGAUAGAGAAACUGAGCGUAAAAGAGAAACAGCGAGAUUUUGAGAGAGAUUCACCUAUAGACAAUGGACUUGCUGCGAUAAUCCAAAACCUUCUCUCUCUGCAGGGGUCCGUGGCCAGGCACCUCGGGCUGACGUUAACCCAGAUUGCACCGGAUAUCCAAAUACCGUGCUCUGCCAAGCAAGCUCACGCCUCCCACUAAAGACAGACACCCCCAUCUCCGGACGGAAACUCCCUCCACAGCCAGCAGCCAGAAUCUCCCUCGGCCUGUUUGUACCUUGCACCUCACGGGAAGCGCACCAUGCCCUUGCGCAGACCGAUGACCGGCAGGAAGAAGCAGGAGCCACAGAGGAGCCGGCUACUUGCCCGGCCUGAUUAUCAGCGAAGGCUGAGGAUCUAUGCUCGCGCCCAACUGCACCUGAUGCACCAAGUCUCCGCCAUUGCACUGUCCAUCAGUAACAUGAUCCAGCAGCUGGGCAUCCUUUACCUAGCCACGCAACGCACCCAGUGCCCCACACUCUCCCUGGGCUCUGCAUCCAGCGGCCAGGUGGCCGAUGAGGAAAAAGCCAUCCUGGAUGCCGCGGAAGCUGGGGUGCUCUGGCAUCACCUUCAGACCGUCGACCGACAAUUAUGGGCACACACCAGCAGCACCGACUGGUGGGAGCGGAUAGUCCUUUCCACCUGGGAAGACAAACAGUGGCUGGAAACCUUUCGCAUGAGCCGAGCCACGUUCAUGCACAUUGUCACCAAGCUGUCCCCGUACAUCACGCGGCAGAACACGGUCAUGCGGCGGCCCCUCAGUCCGGAGAAGAGGGUGGCCAUCGCGGUCUUAAGGCUGGCCACCCCAACCAGCCUCCGUUUAAUCUCAAACCAGUUUGGCGUGGGAAUGGCUACGGCCGGAGUAGCCGUCCGGGAAGUCUGCCGGCUCCUUCACAACGUAAUGGCGAACAGCUUCAUCUGCCUGGAGAACCCGCAGGAGGUGAUCGAUGGCUUUUGCAGCAUGGGCUUUCCCAACUGCAUGGGAGCACUGGGCAGCACCCACAUUCCUGUGCGGGCCCAGGGCAGUCAGACAAACGUAAACCGCAAGGGCCCUGCCUCCAUCAUCCUCCAGGCUGUCGUUGACCAUCGCGGCAGAUUCACGAACAUUUUCACUGAGUGGGAGGGGAGCGUCCGUGAUGCCGAAGUGCUUCAGAGCUCUCCCCUCCCUGACUUGAUGGAGAGCGGAAAGUAUGCUCCUGAGAUACCCGAAGUGGACAUCCGCGGCAUUGUGACCUCCCCCGUCUUAAUUGCCGACCCAGCUUACCCGCUUCUGCCCUGGCUGAUGAAACCCUACGGGGGCGAACUGGACCAUCGUCAGGAGCAGUUUAAUGACUGCCUCAACAAGUGCCGCGCAACACUAGAGGGUGCCUUUGAGCGCCUCAGGGCGCGCUGGCAAGCUCUGAGCGUGCCCCUAGAGAUGGACAAGGAGAACAUUAAAAGAGUGAUUGUGGCGGCAUGUGUGCUCCACAACAUGUGCGAGAGCAGGGGGGAAGUAUUUAGUGAAUCCUGGACCGAGGAGGUACGGCGGAGCGAGAAAAACCCUCAGCGCAAAGUCGCGCAGGGAAAGGAGAGCGAAGUGUGUGAUAGCCCCUGCAUCGAGGAAGGCCCUGAGGAUGAAGAUGCUAGUCGCAUUCGUGAUGCUCUGGCCGACCACCUCCUCGCUACCUUGCACAGCGAGGAGGGGGAGUAGGGCCGUGGUGCGGUGUGUGCCAGUGGGCCCGGCUGCUCUGUGGCCUGACAAGGGCGGGGUUUGUUUUUUUUUGCAAGUGAUGCAACACAGGUCACUUGUCAAUUUGUAAAGUUGUCAAAGCGUAUUUUUUUAAUAAAGUUAGAGCCAUCUAUUCUGGCUGGCUGGUACAGAAAAUGUCCCCUUCUGCUGAAUAACACGAACCAGAGAACUCUAGGUGCGCGCAGGGAAGAGUUUGAGACAGGGGAAUAGACUCUAGAAGAGACCCCUCUUAUAACAAGUCUCCCCCUUCGGGAAGCAUGAGUCCCUGCCUCUGCACCAUGUCUGGAGCCCCUCUUAUGCUCUACCUAGCCCCAAAGUUGGUCUGCAGGGCCAAGUCCCUUCACCCAAGCAGGACCCGCAUCAGGGGAGCUCAAGAGUUAGUUAAAGCAAUCUGGUAAUUACAGACUGGGUCCCUGCUGCCUAUAACUGCUACAGGGGAAUCCACAACCCUCCUAUUCCAUAAAAACCCUGAUUGGGGGGUGGGCAUUGCUUCCUGGCAAUGCAGAAUGGGUCCGAUCCUGAGGAGAUGGGCGAGAUGGUCUACCUAGCUUGGAAGGAGUGCCCAGGCACAUAUAUGCAGGGGGCCACAUUUUGGGAUUGAUCACCCUCCACUGUACAAGAGGUCUUGGGGGUUAGCUGCCCCCCCCCCCACGGGAUGGUGCUGACCAGAAGCAGAGGCACCCGAUGUGUGGGUGUGGGCAGUGGGGUCCCGCAGGGCUCAGUCCUGGGACCGAUACUCUUUAAUGUCUUCAUCAGUGACUUGGACGAGGGAGUGAAG